CUUCUGAUGUUUUCUACAGGCAUUGUGAUGCGCGCGUUCAAUAUCAACACAGGAGCCGAAGUCGCUAUCAAACAAAUGAGCCGCACCAACAGAGAUGACCUCCUCUGGCCCAUAUUGAAGUUUGAAGCAUUGAUGCACGCGCUUAUCCCUGACGGGACAGAGGGCUUCCCGUCUGUCCACUAUGCUGGCCCAGAUGCGAACGCGUACGUCAUCGUCAUGGACAGGCUCGGUCCAAACCUCGGCGCGUUGCACUGUCUGUGCAGAGGGACAUUCACACUCCGCACGAUAUGUAUGCUCGCCGAUCAAAUGCUCGACCGGAUCCAGCUAGUGCACUCUAGAGGGAUGGUGAGCUGCGACAUCAAACCCCACAACUUUGCGAUGGGCUUCGACAAGACCGCCCACAUCGUCCACAUGUUCGAUUUCGCAGGCGCCAGACUCUACGUCACCCCAGAUGGCGAGCAUCUCCCGCUCUCCACGAGCAAACGUCCCCUCGGGACCGCCAGAUACGCCAGCCUCGCCGCACACAAGGCUCAAACCGUUUCCCGCGCGGACGACAUCGAGUCCUUGCUCUACGUUCUGCUCGAGUUCCUCCACGGCACCCUCCCGUGGGAAGGGCUCCCCGUAUCCCUCGCAGCGAAGACUGUUUUUGUUCUGAAGGCCGACUCGUCGCCCACCGGGUCUGUCCAGACGCUCCUCGCGCGAUCCCCGCCGGAGUUCGCGGCCUACCACGCCCACGUGAUGGGUCUCGCAUUCGGGGCGGAGCCGGACUAUGCGUUGCUCCGCGGACUGUUCCGCAGGCGGAUGCGCGAUGAGGGCUGGAUGUACGACGGAAGGUACGACUGGAUGGACCCGUCUGGGCUCGUGAAGGGGACGCUCGUACCCGCGGAGUACAACGUGUCGAUGGACUUCGUGGAGGACAAGGAGUGGAACCCGAAGUAUACGUGAGGGCGGGCAUUGGAGAGCUAGUACGAGUACGACGGGAAACUUGGGUACUCGGACCAUAUAGCAUCCAUUACAAAGUUCUUACUUCGUACUUGUUUAC